UGGAGUGGACUAUGAAUGGAUUUUUGUUCGCUAUUAAAUAUUGUUUACUUGCAUAUUUUCAAGAAUAUUAAAUAUAAUUUGCAUAAGAAUGAUAGAAAAAUAUGUGAUGUUAAACAUUUCAUCUUUUCAAAUCAACGUUCAAUGUCUUUAAUACAAUGCUGAGUCAAAAUGUUCAAAACUGCUGCUGGAAGAGAAAGUGUCUCAAAUAAAUAACGGGUCGAUAUGAAUAUGUCCGUCUCAGAAUUAUCUGUGGGAUGUCGUUUUGCUGAUUAUUUCGCGAUAUGUGGACUAGACUUUGACUCCGGUUUGGAACCAGACAGGCUUUGUGGUGAUAACUUACAUAUAUCUCCUUUAGAUCGCUCCUAUAAGGGAAAAAUCUUAGCUCACUAUCCAGACAAUGUGAACAGUAAUCCUUUUGAUGAGCAUGCAGUUUGUAUGCUAUGUUUGCCUGCUGGCUUACAGUUUAGAACCCAAAAACAUUCUCUAGAACCAAAGUUUCAUAGCUUUGUUGUAACACGUGAAAAUGCAUCCCGUUACUAUGGAUUCAGUCUUAUAUUCUAUGAAGAAGUUAGAAACCGGAAUAUUUGCAGUGCCAUGCAUACAUUGCAGGCAAUGUACAUCACAGAAUUGUCAAGUGGUCAAACUCCACCUGGCAACAGAAAAAGCUCUGGCAAAGAAAGUUCUAGAUCUUUGCCAAGAUCAUUUAAACUUGCACCGCACACUGGAGCAGCACUUACAUAUUAUGAUAUAACCAAAGAUAAACUUUAUGUUGCUAAAAGCAUUGCUCUUAUAUGUCAAUACCCCUAUGUAAGGGUAGCACAAUUAUUUUUAGAGAAUUUGUUCAGGUCAUUGCCAAGACAACCUGGGCCAGGACUUAGUCCAGAGUCCUAUGUUUACAACUUGUUGUACGAAGUGCCUGUCCCUCUCGCAGGACAGGCUUUACGCUUGUAUGUACCACCGUCUGAACCUCAUCUGGAUCCAAUCCCAGUUGUGAUAAGAAUGCCAAAUCCUCCAGAGGAGUUACCACUUCUUGAUUAUUCUUUGCGUGUAAUGUUCUCUACUUUAGGUGUUGAAUGUGUUGUACAGCUGUUUACAUGUGUACUGUUGGAGCACCAAGUAUUACUUAGGUCUAGUGAUUACAACAAGCUGAUGCUUGUGUCCGAGUGUAUAGUUUCACUUUUGCUUCCAUUCUCGUGGGCUCACGUCUAUGUGCCUAUUCUCCCAGCGCCUUUAUAUCAUUUUCUUGAUGCACCAGUUCCUUUUGUAAUGGGUCUUCAUGCGGAUAGUGUGGCUAUAAGUAUCGGUCCUAAUGGGCCAAGGAGUUUUGCUGUUGGUUCAGAAGCGGCACUUUGUUUAGUGGAUAUAGACAAACCUGAUAUACAACUGCCGGAAGAAAUGCCCAUAUUCCCUCACAGGACGCCUUUCAUAGAAGAACUCAACCAUGUCUUGGAUAAACAUCAGAUACAGAGACCUGAAACUGAAUCGAGUAAACUCGGUGUACCCAUCAAUGGUACAUACAAACAUAUGAACGAUGGAAUGAGCAGUAGCUGUACAUUGCCAUCGGGAGGUUUACGUCGUAAGCACUCGUUCCAUGACGUGUUGGAGUGGGACGAGAGUCGGCCUCUGAACGCCUCCCCGCCCGGCUCACCCGCGCCCGGCUCGCCCACACGCCGCGCCCCCAGACGUAUGGACGCCCUGCAACGUAUCGUCGAUAUUGUUAAACGAACAGACAACAAGAUCAUGGCCAACUGGGGCGACUAUGACGUCAACUUGCAAGUAUUCGAGCACCGCAUCAAGGUCGUCAGACGUCGGCUGGGCGAGGGGGGGCUGGCGACGCGCGGGUACAGCGUGUGGGCGGGGCUGGGCGGCGCGGGGGCGGGGUGCGGCGUGGGCGCGGAGCUGGAGGUGGGCGCGCCCGGCGAGCGGCUGCCGCACCGCGCCGCAUACUACCGCGCCUUCCCCGCGCGCCUCGAUGCGGCCGCGCUCGCCCCGCCCCCCGCCAACGACCGCAGAACAAACAGUUUAAAGCGUAUUAAGAACGCGAAGUGGCAAGUGAAAGAUUGUCCGCCGGAAAUGCUGCUAGGUGACAUCGGUAGGCGUCUCUCCACGGAGGUCACGCCUGCAGCCAUCGCGCAAAAUAAUAGAACUUUCGUUGAGAAACUUUUGAAGGAAUGUAAAAGCAAAACAAAACGUAUGCUUGUUGAAAAAAUGGGUACAGAGGAAUCUGACUUGGGUCUCGGUAGCGAAGUGUCGGUGACCGGCGUCGAAGAGAAUACUAUGAUCGCUUCCCUCUGCGACUUGCUGGAGAGGCUCUGGUCACAUGGGCUGCAGCACAAGAUGGGCAAAUCCGCGCUCUGGAUGCACCUGACUAACUACCAAGAGUUGGAGCAAUGCAGCAACUCAACCAAACCUAUAGACCCCAAUUAUCUCACUCCAGCCUUAGCUUGGUGUGUUUUGAGGAAACGAUUGGAUUACUUAUCCGCUGUGGGUGCGGAGGUGGAGGCACACCAGGCCAGCAGCAGCGGGACUCGUUCCCGGGACAGCUCGCGCGGCGGCUCCCGGGAUAGUUCUAGGGAUCGUCUGAGCAAUUCCGGGACAUUGGAAAGAAAAUCCAUCCAGCCUUCGAACCCGAUGCGUCCGCUCCCAGAAAGCUUGACUUUUGAUAUGCGGAAUGUGCAAGCAAUGACAGAUAUAAAGACGGAGAUCGGUUACGCUAGAGCUUGGGUGCGUCUAUCCUUGGAAAAGAAGCUGCUAUCAAAGCAUUUGCGGGAACUGCUCGCUGACACAACACUGCUGCGCUCCCAGUACAAGAGGACGGCCUUCUUACGUUGUGAGGAAGAAAGGGAACAAUUCCUCUAUCACUUGCUGACUUUAAAUGCUGUGGAUUACUAUUGUUUCACCAAUACAUAUCCGACAACUAAAUUGCCGUAUCGCGUGUUGAUAGCACCGUCUCGUAAGGCCAGUCAGACGACCGCCAACUGCUGGCUUUCCAUAUCCGGAGCUAACGGGGAGUCCACGCCCAAGAUUCCGAUACCUCGCAAUACUAAUGAGUUUGUCUUCCACCACAAAAAUCUAGGUAUCCUAUCAACUUUACGCAUCGGGCACGACAACAGCGGCUUGUCACCGCGGUGGCUGCUGGAUCAAGUGUUUGUUAGGAACGAGGUCACUGGACACACCUACACGUUCCCAUGUAACCGCUGGCUGGGUACUGGAGUGGACGACGGGUCUACUGAGCGGCUGGUGGUGGCGGCGCGGAUCAGGGGGGAGCGCUCGCCCCGCACACCCGCGCCCCUCUCCGCGGCCCUCUCCCCCACCACCACGCACCUCUCCACCUCCACCAUACAGCACAUGAUCGGUGAUUGCGUGAACGCAAUAGUGAAGUGGCACUACCAGAGCAAGCGCGAUAAGGACGCGAAUUCUCUGAGCGUGCUCCUGUGCGGUGACAACGGUCUCGUCAAGUGCCUCGAGCAGGCCUUCCUCUGCGGAUUCAAGUCCGCCAGGCUCUUCGGCAAGAAUCUCUUCAUUUGGGACUACUUUGCUCGAGUGCGAGACGAGUUCAAGCUGAGCUUGUCAGAGGAGGGUGGCGGUGGCGGUGGUGGGGGCGGGGGCGGUGCGUGCGGCGUGUACAGCUGCCGGCAGGACGCGGAGCACCGCGCCAUCUGGCGCUGCUACUGCCACCUGGCGGACGAGGUGGGCGCCGUCGGCCGCGCGCUCGGCAAGGACGGCAAGUUCCAGCUCUUCAUCUGUCUCAGCUUACGCGAGCACUGGCUGCACAGAAUGCUAGUGCCGAUGUCUUUGACGCGUGUGACAGCGGAAAUGUACGAAGAGCAAAGCUUUCUGCGGAAACGAGGUCUGUUAACUUUCCUCAGACAAAUUCUCGAACCUUUGGACGAGUUCGAUAUCGUUCUCGAAAAUUCUCUUACCCAAGGCAUUUAAUUACUUUUUGUCUUCUUUCCAUGUGAAAUUCAUAGAGUAUAGAAUUGUUACAGUGGAUGUAUGAAAGUUAACGGCGAAUUUCGUAAUAUGCUCUCUUUUAAAAUAAAUUUGAUAUAUUUUUUUUCUCUUCUACAUGUACAUAGAAGAUAAUGAUCUCUCUUUCCCUUUUAUAUCUCUAUGCAUUUCACAUGACAAGUAAUUCAAAUCGUUUAUAUCAUUAUGAAGCAAUAGUAAAAAUAUAAAACUUAUACUCAUUAAUAUCUUUUAGUUUUAUAAAAAAAAUUGCAUUGAAUUAUUGAUAAAAA